UUACGCCUAGUCACAACACAACUCUCCUUCAUAGGAACCGGCCCUCUCAGUGAUCAGCGGAGCAGCCCUCUUCCAAUUGCCAUUUCUUCACCAACAAAAACCCUCUCUCUCCUCUCACUUCACCUGAAACCUCUCUCUCCUUCUCUCUCUAUCUCUGCAUGCAACGAUUGCAAUGGGACUGUGUUUCUCUCGCAAGGCGGUGAAGAACAAGCCCUCCAAGCGUAUAUCAAACGCAGUUAAUGGUGGCAAUUCGAGCAAUCGGUGGACUCGAGUCCGAUCGACGAAGAAGGACAAGUUGGAGGACUCGAUCAUUCAUGAGCGAGCUCUCGCGGCCGCGAUUCUGCUUCAGCAGCAGUUGCAGGACGGUGCCGCUGGUGGUUCUGUGCCGUUUGAUCGAUCCACUUCGCUGCGAUAUCCAAACGCCAACUCCAAGAAACAGCAGGUUCUGAAUCGGAGCUCCAGUUCUAGGGCUCGGUCUCUGGCUGAUCCUCUGAUUCAGCCUCACCAGCUUGUUAAUCAGAAUGUAAAGCCUGAUGAUCUAGAGACCAACCAUUUUGUUCUUGUCCAUGGAGGAGGUUUUGGUGCCUGGUGUUGGUAUAAAACUAUAGCACUUUUAGAAGAAUGUGGAUACAGAGUUACUGCCAUAGAUUUAACUGGUUCUGGAAUUCAUUCAUUUGAUACAAACAGCAUCACAAGUCUUUCGCAAUAUGUGAAGCCACUUACUGUUUUUCUUGAAAAACUUGCUGACGCGGAGAAGGUGAUUUUGGUAGGACAUGAUUUUGGUGGUACCUGUGUAUCAUAUGCAAUGGAGCUGUUUCCCAAUAAAGUUUCCAAAGCUGUUUUCAUUGCUGGAGCAAUGUUGACUAGUGAACAAAGUACCCUUGAUAUGUUCUCCCAACAGACAGAUUCAAAUGAUUUGAUGCGACAGGCUCAGAUAUUUAUCUAUGCAAAUGGGAACACUAACCCUCCAACUGCAAUUAAUCUUGACAAGUCAUUGUUAAGGGACUUGUUAUUCAACCAGAGUCCUGCCAAGGAUGUUGCACUAGCAUCUGUUUCAAUGAGGCCAAUCCCUUUUGCACCAGUUUUGGAGAAGCUUUCUCUUUCUGACAAGAACUAUGGCUCUGUCAAGCGGUUUUACAUAGAAACUGCAGAAGAUAACGCCAUACCUAUCGCACUUCAGCAAAGCAUGAUAAACAAAAGCCCCCCGGAACGGGUUUUUCAUCUUAAAGGUGCUGAUCACUCCCCCUUUUUCUCAAAACCUCAAGCCCUACACAAGCUAUUGGUAGAGAUCUCAAAGAUCCCGUCAACUUAGCAUCUGUUUACUGGUUGGCUUCCCCAAGUUACUCCCUCUGGAGGUUUCCUUGACAUACAGUCACAUGGUAAGCAUUAUGAAUUUUGAGCGACUGAAUACAUGCAUCUUCAAUUCAAUUAUUGUUUUGUACCCACAUUAGUGAUGUAUAUGCUGGUGUGAAUUCAAUUUUGCUGGGUGGUGCAGAACUAGCAUGUAUGAGAUAAUUAAUCUUAAUAAGCAAUGUAAGUGUUGGUUUCUUUCUUGGUUUA